AUGGAUGUCCACGUUAUAAGUUUGGAUCUUUUGACAGCUGGAAAUGAAUGCAAUUACUUUUCUUGGUUUGAUGAAGAAGAAGGUACACUAAGGCAAACAAAAGCUUUGAUUAAAGCACGUGAUGAGAUUAAGAAGAAGGAUAAAGAGAUUGAGAAGAAGGAUAAAGAGAUUGAGAAGUUAAACAAAACCAUAGAAAAGAUGAAUAUCGAUUUGGAGAAGAAACAAAUGGAGACAAUGAAUAUCCAAGAUGAAGAUGAUAUUGUGAGAAAGUUUGAAGAAUGCUAUGUUUAG